CCAACAAUACAUCAGUGAUGGAGCAAUGUCUGUUCAUGCUCCUGUUUUUCACAGGAAUCGUCCCUUCCGUCCUGUCUGUCUCUCGAAAGUAUUAUCUGGUCAAGCAGGGGAAAACGUGGAGUGAAGCCCAGGCUUACUGCCAAACUGAACACACUGACCUGGCUACCAUCCAAAGUGAUAAUGACCUGGCCCAACUUCAGAAUGAAGCACAGACCCAAAAGUUCAAUUCCAGUGCUUGGAUUGGAUUGUACAAUGACAUCAACAGCUGGCGCUGGUCCUAUGGAAACGAGCCACUGAGAAGUUUGACAUUUUGGUAUCCAGGACAACCUAACAACCUGUAUGGAAACCAGGAGUGUGCUGUGUCAGAUAUGGACGGUUGGAAUGAUAGAGACUGUACAGAGGAAUACCCCUUUGUGUGCUUUGAUGGCAGUAAAAAUGGCACCGACAGGUACAUUUACAUCUCCAAUGAAAUGGCAUGGCAUGAUGCUCAAGCUUACUGCAGAAAAUAUUAUACAGAUCUAGCCAGUGAUAGAGAUGAGAUAGAAAACUCUAUAAUACUGGGACUGCAAUCUUACAGCACCUGGAUUGGUCUGUUCAGAGAGUCCUGGAAGUGGACAGACAAAAAAACAUUCUCUACCAUCAACUGGAUGUCUGGAGACCCUUAUAUUUACCUAAAAGAUGAAAACUGUGGGUAUAUAAAUAACAAUGAGGCUGCUAAUGGACUGUGCUCGGACAUAAUGCCUUUCUUCUGUUACUCGGUAAUCACAAAAAAACAACAAAUCAUGAGGGUGAAGGUUCAUUCCAGUCAGGAUGUGAAUGAUCCUGCAGUAAAGGAGGCCAUCCUGGAGCAGAUUAAGCAGAAACUGGAGGAUCAUGGGAUGGCAGAGAACACCACAGUGAAAUGGAGAGAAUGAUGGAAAGGUGUUUCACACGAAGAAAGAAAAUAAUACCACAGUAAAAAGGAAGGCUUAAGAUCUUAAGCAUGUGUUUUAAGUCUUAUAAUUCUGUAAUGCAUUAGCCAGUUUUUGUAAGUGUACAGUAAGUGAUGUGUCCACAGUGGAAAACUUCAUUGGAUAUUGUUCACUAAAAAAUAGAUAAUGAUAGGAAAUGAACUUACAUAAAUUCUCUUCAUGUUCAUCAAUAACAUUAUUUUAAUUGUGUCUAUUUACAUCAUAUAUAGUUGAUCAGCUGAGAUUAUUUUGAUUUUUGCUUCCUGCUGAGUCUCUUUUCCCUCUGAACUCAAGUUGCAGGAUUUCUGCUGUGUUUUUGGUUUACUAACUGAUUAUGCCUAUAAAGCUGCUCUUAAACAUUAUUUACUGUAAAAUGCUCUACAAAUGCUGA